AUGAACAUCAGCCAGAGUUACGCGCUGGGACAAGACUCUCAUCAGGCACAGGAGGAAAGGCAAAGCCUGUAUCAGUCAUAUGCACUAGGAUUAGACCCUUACCAAGCAGAGGAACCAAAAAGUGCCUAUCAGACAGAUGCAGUAGGACAAGAUCCCCAUCAAGUCUACGAACGUGGGCAUGGCCCCUAUCAGCCACAUGAACCAGGUUAUGGUCUUUAUCAGCCAGGAUACAGUCCAUAUGAUGAUCAGAUACCGGAUCCCAAAUCCCGAAUGCUGGCAAUUCAGAAUGCAAAAGCCUAUUUACUGAAGAGCAGCACAACAUCUGGCCUGAACUUAUAUGAUCAUCUUGCUAAUAUGCUAACAAAGAUCCUGGAUGAACAGCCGACAAAUGCAGUAGACAUAAUUGAGAAUAUCAGCAAGGACGUGAAGUGGGCUCAGUUUCAGAAAAAAAUGGACACUCUUCGAGAUGAACAUGAGAUUCUUCCAACAUUUGAAGCUGCAGAAAAGCGUAAAGCUUUGUUCCUCAAGGCAAAUGGAGGAGAUGAAGAACUAGAAGAGGAGAUAGGAGAGACCCCUCUACCUAAUGUGAUGGAAACAGCCUUUUAUUUUGAACAGGCUGGAAUUGGCUUGAGCAAAGAUGAAUCCUAUCUCAUAUUCCUUGCCCUUAAAAAACUAAUUAGUGUUCAGCCAAUCCAGACCUGUCGCUUCUGGGGCAAAAUUUUGGGCCUGGAGAUGAACUAUAUUAUAGCUGAAGUACAGUACCAUGAGGGGGAAGAGGAGGAGGAAACAGAAGAGGAAGAAGUUAUUGAGGAAGGAGGGAAAGGGAUGGGUGAAGUCGAAGAUGAAGAUGAGGAGAAAGAAAAACAAGAUGAACCACCGAAGUCCACCUAUAAGCCCCCACCUGUCAUCCCAAAAGAACAAAAUGGGACUGGGGCUAAUAAAUAUGUCUACUUUGUCUGUAAUGAGCCAGGCAAACCCUGGGUGAAGUUACCUCCAGUGACGCCAGCCCAGAUUGUCUGUGCCAGGAAAAUCAAGAAGUUCUUCACUGGUAGGCUGGAUGCUCCUGUUGUGAGCUUUCCUCCUUUCCCUGGAAAUGAGGCCAAUUACCUGCGUGCACAGAUAGCUCGUAUCUCAGCAGGACCCCAAAUCUCUCCCAUUGGAUUCUACCAGUUUGCAGAGGAAGAAGGAGAUGAAGAGGAGGAGGGGGGAGGAGGAAGAGAUACAUACGAAGAAAACCCUGAUUUUCAGCCUCUUUCUGUGGCUGAAAUGGUGGAUUCUCUCUCCGCGUGGGUACACCAUGUACAGAGUAUUCUUAAGCAGGGCCGCUGUAUUUGGCUUAAUCCUUUUAAAAAAUCAGAGGAAGAAGAAGAAGAAGGUGAAGAGGAGGAGAAAGCAGAGGAUCCAGAUGAAUUACAGCAAGAAAUAGGACCUCCUCUUCUCACUCCACUCUCUGAAGAUGAAGGAAUUCAAAACAUCCCUGCUUGGACAGCUCAGCCUUCUACAAACCUGAUCCCACAAUAUGCUAUUGCAAUCCUCCAGUCUAACCGAUGGCCUGGAGCAUAUGCCUUUGCAUCUGGCAAGAAAUUUGACAACAUCUACUUUGGGUGGGGUCACAAAUACAGUCCAGAGACCCACACCCCUGCCCUGCCUCCGCCUGUGCAAACAGAAUACCCCAGCGGGCCAGAAAUCACUGAGACAAGAGACCCCACUCUGGAGGAGGAACUGGCUUUCAAGGCUGCGAGGGAAGAAGCCUUAGUUGCAGCUGAGGAAGAGGAAGAGGAGGAUGAUGUUGAAGAUGAUGAAGAGGAGGAGGAUGAUUAA